AUGGGGGCUAUCGUGGCCGCGUUCAUUGCGGUUCUCGCUCUGGCCAGUGCUCAUGGCUCUCAUUCGCAAGAGGAGCUGGCCAAUCCUGCGGAAGAUUGGGCAUUGUACCAUAUGCAGGAAGAACACCAUAUCUCCAACUUCGAUCCGGCCUCAUUCUUUGCACUCCAUGACUUCAACAACGAUGGCGCGUGGACACCCGACGAAGUGCGCCGAACAUAUGGCCUGGACGACGAAUCUUUGAUAGCCACGCCCGCCGACGCGAAAGACAGAGCCGUUCUCAACGUCUUCAAACUCUUUGACCCUCAUAGCACCGGCCUUAUUACCCGUGACCAGUGGCUCGAGGGCAUACGAUCCGGCAAGAAACUCCCAGACUCUGGAUUAGGCCCAGGCCAUCACGGCGACGACGAAUACGAGUAUGAGAUCCACCAUUUUGAGAAAUACCAUGACGAGAACACGAGAGAGGAGGAUCUGAUCCAUCCCGAAGAUAUAGAGCAUUUCAAAAAACACGACAUGAGGGAAGAUGAGGAAUAUCGGAUACUGAGAGAACAACAACAGAGCAUUGUGGAGAGGAACAUCCCGCUCAAAUUUAGGAGACAGCCCUGA